UUUGGGCCGUAGCAGGGUUAGUAUAGAGGGGGGGGGAGUACUCUCCACUCGCUGCAGCGUGUUCAGUCCCUCAUCCCUCUGCGGGCGUCCGCCUCCUCUGGGUCUGGUUUCACCAGCACAAUGACUGUGGGCAACAUGGAGAGUGCUCAACUGUUUGACGCUGGCAACAAAGGUCGAGGCCUGAGGGCCACCAAAGAGCUCCGCGCUGGGGAAGUGGUCUUCGCCGAGCCCAGUUUCUCUGCUGUGGUCUUCGACAGUUUGGCCACUCAGGUGUGCCACAGCUGUUUCCGGCGCCAGGCCAAACUGCACCGCUGUGCCCAGUGUAACUUUGCCCAUUACUGCGACCGCACUUGCCAGACUGCAUGCUGGGAUGAACACAAGCAGGAAUGUGCAGCCAUCAAGAAGAUGGGCAAGUGGCCCGGCGAGAAUGUUCGUCUGGCUGCUCGUACGCUGUGGUGUAUACACAAGGACACCGGCAUUGUGUCGGACAGUCAGCUGGUGUCAGUGGACCACCUGGAGGCCCAUGUGGCUGACCUACCGAAGGAGACCUCAGCAGCUCAAGGCGGAUGUGACACCUUCCUGGAAUACUGCUCUUACGGAAGAAGCAGCCUUCCGUCGACGACAUCUCACACAUCCAUGGAACAUCAAGUGUAAUGGAGUCACACUGAGUGACCAGAGAGGCCUGCAGGCUGUGGGUGUGGGUCUGUUCCCCAACCUUGGUCUGGUCAACCACGACUGUUGGCCCAACUGCAGCGUCAUUCUCAACCACGGCAACCAGUCAGCCGUGAGUUCUGCUCUACACUCUCAGAGGCGGAUCGAGCUGCGAGCUGCGGGUCACAUCUCAGAGGGUGAGGAGCUGACCGUCAGCUACGUGGACUUUCUCAACCUGUCCACUGGGCGCCAGAAGAAGCUGCAGGAGCGUUUCCACUUCCAGUGCAGCUGUGAACAGUGCAGCGAGCACGUCAAGGACGACCUGAUGACGGCUGCUGCAGAGAGCGAGGGGAACAAACCCUCGGCUGAUAAGGUUAAAGAGGUGACCGCGUUCAGUAAGGAGUGUGUGGAGAAGAUCGAGAGGCUCCGCGCUGAGAAGGACUACCACGAGGUUGUGAGGCUGUGCCGUGAUUGUCUGGAGAAGCAGGAAAACGUCUUAGCCGACACUCACCUGUAUGUGCUGCGCGUGCUCAGCGUUGCCAGCGAGGUGCUCUCGUACCUGCAGUCCUUCUCUGAGGCUGCAGGUUACGCCCGCAGGAUGGUGGAGGGAUACAUGAAACUGUACAACCCCAAUAAUGCUCAGCUGGGCCUGGCCAUCAUGCGGGCCGGUGUCGCCCACUGGCAUGCAGGGCAGAUAGAAGUGGGUCACGGCUUCAUCUGCCGGGCCGUUGCCAUCCUCAUGGUGACACAUGGACCCAACCACCCAAUCACCAGGGACCUGGAGUCUAUGCGCAUGCAGACUGAGAUGGAGCUGAAGAUGUUCAAGCAGAAAGAGUGUGUGUACCACGCCACAAGGGACGCUGCUCUGAUGAAGCAGCCCAUGAUCAGCAGCUUCUAAGCUGAAGGCUUCCUCCGCAAGCAUCUACACCACUGAUGAAAAUAAAUACAAAUAGAUGAUUACGCAAACCCUGCA